AUGUAUUCUAUUGACAAACCAGGCACGGACGUUCAACGCGAAUCCACCAGCUCCAAAGGGGACCAGGUGCAAAACUCAAAUCGCUUUGCACCUCUACAAAGUGAUGAUGACUUGUUUGAAGGUAGUGGAAUUCAAGAAUUCGACGAGGUUGAAGUGGUGGAGGUGAAAAAGAAUGCCUCCAAGGCGCCUGAGUUGUUGGAUGAAGAUGAAGAUACUGAAGCUGACGACACUGACGACAGGGAGAACAUUGUGGACGACGCAAUGGAGGAAGACGAUGAUGAUGACAAACGGGUCAAUACCGCUGGGGCUAACAAUGAGGCCAUGGACGACGACACUCUACCGUUGACUUCUCCUAAACUUACGGCAACACAACACUCAGCAGGUACAAGGACCCUUAUGGAGCCCUCGGAAACAACUCCUUCUCGCGUUCAACGUCCUCCAACACUGGCCGAACGGAUCUCGAACCUCAUUCAGGUGAACAUGGAAGGGAUACCAGGCAAAAGUCACAUCUUUGAGACUUCUUUCUCCGUGGACUAUCAAGGGUCGGAUUCAGGACCUGUGGCGGAGGCGCUCUUGUCGACAGUUCUGAAUUCUAUGGAGGAAGCCAUUAACAAUUCUCCUAAUGAAUUGAAGCUUCUUCCGAUCUCUGACACCACAUAUAAGCAACCAAAUCUUUGGAUUCAAAACUCAGUAGAUUUACAUAAUCGCAUUUUGACUUAUCGCGCUCUGUCGACUUACUGUGAUAUGGAAUACGGUAACUGUCCCUACGCCGUAACCAACAGCAAGCCGGGCGAAAAGAAACUACGCACACGCAUUCGCGUCGGCUUCUCGGCUUCGGCUUCGGUCGAGGCCGUCCAAGACUAUCUUCAUACCGGAUUACGUCAAUUGGGGAGAGGUGCUGGGUGCUACCCUUCUCGGUUGCAGUAUGGAGGAAUUGUGAAGAUCGGCUCAUGCUCGUUUAUUCCUGCAGAAGUCAACUUCUCAGCUUAUGCAAAGGAACCGAUGAGACUAUUUGAUUUUGAAGUACCCAUUGGUAUCAAGAUGGACUGGGUUUCUAUUCCGUACACGGGCCGAGCGAAGGACGACGAACGGUCUCCUGGAGAUGAUUGGAAGUCGGCACAACAAGGUUUGCUGAGUGUUAAGGCCUACGGUCCGGUGAAGGAUGCAAUUCUUACCUUAAUCAGCAAGUUACGGGAUUACUACAUUUUGACGGAGGUUCUUUAUCCAGGCAUCGACUUCACGGGGAUGUUCAAGUUUGCUACUACAAGGUUGUACGGUUCUUCCACCCUGUUCAAACUGCUCUUGUCCAUCAAGGCUACUCCGGCCCAGGCUGAUCAGGCUUCCACAGCUGCCAAAGACAGACCCCCAACAACUGCCGAUGACCACUCAUCUGAAGAGGAGGACGAUGAAUCCCAGGAGGGAGCGGGUUCUCUGUCCGGGCCAUUCACGAAGGUGACAAAGAAGAAAGUGAAGAAGAAGAAGAAGAAGUCGCUCAUUUCCGAUAACCUAGAGAAUCAUUUUCUCAAAGAUCUAUCCCCGGCACAACGCAAGCUGGCUGAAGCCACCAACCGCAAACUGAAGAACGAUAUUGAUUGCCAUAAGGCAGGACCACUCUUCCUGAUGAUCCUUCCUGGAGAAAUGGAGGCUCUUACAUCUUUGUAUGCCGCAAGAAGUACGGUCAGUUAG